AUGAUGUUGAAGGUGGCCAGUACAUUACUUGUAAUGUUCAUUAUCGUUCACUUAUGUGAAAACUCAGUUGGCAAUGACAUAUUUCGAAUUGCUAUUCAUCGUGCUCGCCGACCGUCGUCUAACAGAACAAAUUCUACAAUAUCGACGAAAAUUAUGGCGAACCGUCAAAAGUCGUUGAGCUCUUAUGCCCAAACUUCUUUAGCAACCUCUUCUGUUAACGAAAAUCUCACCAAUGAACUUGAUGUCUAUUUCAUCGGAACGAUCUCAAUCGGAACGCCACCUCAAAACUUUCGUAUCGACUUCGAUACAGGCUCCUCCGAUCUAUGGGUGCCGUCAAGCCAGUGCCAAUCGUCUUGCAAUGGCUUCAAUAAGUAUAAUUCUGCACAGUCAACAACAUAUGUGGCCAAUGGGGAAACAUUUUCAAUCAGCUAUGGUGAUGGUUCUUCAGCCAGUGGUUUUCUCAGUGUCGAUGUUGUAACAAUUAAUGGAAUGGCAGUCAAAAACCAAACAUUUGCUGAAUGUACAUAUCUUGUAGGUAUGACUGGUGAUAAGAACGAUGGCAUUCUAGGUCUUGCCUUUCCAAAUUUGACCAGCGAUGGCGAAAAACCAUUCUUCUACAACAUGUGGUCUCAAGGUCUCAUUCCACAAGCUAUCUUUUCUUUCUAUUUAAAUCCUGAUACUAACGCCACAUCUGGUGGUGAACUCAUAUUCGGUGGUGCAGACCCGAGUAAAUACACAGGUUCUAUAACUUAUAUAUCUGUUUCACUAGAAGGAUAUUGGGAGUUCCCAAUGGCCAGUGUGAGUGUCGGAUCAACAAUUGUAAGUUCAUCAACAUAUGCAAUUGCUGAUACGGGUACAACAUUGAUCAUUGGACCAACAGCUCAAAUUAAUUCAAUAAAUAUUGCUCUGGGUGCUACCUAUGACUCACAGAGUCAAAUGUAUACGGUCGAUUGCCAUAAGCGUUCACUAUCUUCAUUGCCAAAUGUUACCUUCACAAUAGGUGAUACAGCAUUUAUAUUAACACCACUACAAUAUCUGUCGAUUAGUGGUGACCAAUCGGCUGGUUACAUUUGUAGUACCGUCUUCUCUCCAUCGGACUCGAGUGAUUCCAAUGGCAAUCUUUUUUGGAUCUUAGGCGAUUACUUUUUAUAUCGUUAUUAUUCAAUUUUCGAUAUAGUAAACAAUCGAUUAGGUUUUGCUACAUCGGUGUCGUACGAUUGGAUGCCAUCAGUUGAUUCAUCUUUAUUUCCAACACCAUCUACAACACCAAGUGUAACAACUACUACAGCGAAAACAAUGACAACAACAUCAACCGCCCAAACAGGGGUAUCAUCUACAGUUGUGACAAGAACAGCAACAUCUACAACAACAACUAUUACAACAGCAAAAAUAACUACAACACCUAACAUGGGAAAUGCUACUGUUUAUAGACUAACAAUUUAUUUUUACUUUUUUAUCUUAAUGGUGAUGAUAGCUACUCACUAUAUGGGUAGUUUUUAA